CGGCUCCUCCUUCUGACCCCGCCCCCCGUGAUGUCGUCAGUGGCGGCAUCGUCAUCAUGGCCUUCUCUCCCGUGGCGGCCGCGGGGCCGCGCGACUCGCUGGGCGCCUUCAUCUGCCCCAUCUGCCUCGAGGUGUUCACGGCGCCGUGGGACACGGGCUGCGGACACACGUUUUGCGAGGCGUGCCUGCACCGCUGCCUAUCCACGCAGCAGCCCCAGUGCGCCGUCUGCCGCUCCCCUCUGGCCGCCAGGGAUGCGAGGCGCAACGAGGCCGUGGAACGCACCAUGGCUGAGAUGCUGGCGCCGUGCUCGGCCUGCUCGGAAAAGGUGCGCGUGUCCGACUUCCGAGCUCACACGUCCACCUGUGCACAAGCCCAGAAGGCGCAGAUUGCAUUCCAGACGCCCACUACGACCGCUGCCAGGUACGGCCGACGCUGCCGCUCCCCUCAGAGCCUAGGCCCCAACCGUUUCACGUUCAUGUGCCCGUACUGCGGCACCCGCAACCUCGACCAGGACGACCUCCUGCGGCACUGCAUGGAGCGGCACCACUCGGACCGCACGCGCGUGGUGUGCCCAGUGUGCGCAUCAAUGCCAUGGGGCGACCCCAACUACUGCAGCUCAAACUUCAUCCAGCACCUCACGCACAGGCACCGCUUCUCCUACGACACCUACGUGGAUUACCAGGCGGAUGAUGAUUCUACCCUACAGGAAGUGCUGCAGCGCUCCCUCCAGGAAAAGUAGCCCCCUCUUCCCCCCCCAGAGCCUGCUCACGCUUGCUCAUGGCAAGGGGACUCGCUGAAAAACCCACGCUCACCACCAUGUAAAACAUAAGCUUCAGAAAUAUUGUGGUCUGCAACAAGGAGGCGUUGCUCUUUCUCGACCAGAUAUUUCUGAUGAAGCAAGCUAUAGCAACUAUCGAUCAAUAUAUACCUUGAAAGUAUGCUUUAUUUACAAAAACAGGUGACGUUGGGCGCUUUACAUGGGUGGCAGCAUAACUACACUAACGAUCUCGGGACAGGGAUCGCGUUCUGUAAAUCAAUAAAACGCUGCGCUGGCGCCAGCGCAACCAUUGCAGGUGCGGCUGCGUGUGAGAGUUUCACGGGGGAGGCUUGAACAGAAAGCUCGCGAGGGGGCUGUGAUCGUUUUUUUUCCAUGGUUCGUCGUGGAGGCUGCUGUUGUCAAUUCGUUUUUUAAUAUUUAUUUUUUAAUGGAAUUAAGCGAGUGGACAAUGUCGCGCGAUCUUGAUAGGGCGGAGAAGGAUGUUGCACGGCGUUGGGGUGGCAUCUUGUCCUUGGCAAUUCCCAGCAGGGUGGGGGGAGAGCCCGCGGUGCCGUGACAACGCUACGGACCGGCACUUCCACACUGCCCUCCGUCCGUCAGUCCACUCAGUUGCCGACGAAGUUUGCUUUACAAUGGGCUGGCGUAAAAAAAAAGACAGCAAGCAGAAAAAAAUCAUGAUUGCAAUGGUUUUAAAUGCAGCAAAAAAUAUAUAGCUUUGUUAGGGUUCAAAUAUAUAUUUAUAUAUUUUUCUGUUCUGAACAAAAUAAUUGGCAGCAAUUCUUGUUGGAAAGGUAUAAUGUACCCCAGUCGACCCCACACCUCUCCCAAACCCCUUUUCCCCCUCCCACCAUCCCCUAAUUGCGGCCAUCAAUCUCGUUAAUCGUUUAUAAUUCUGGCUGUGAAGCAAAUGACUGCAAGGCUGCUGCACUUCCAGCGUUUUCUUUUUUUCCCUUCUCAAAUUGUUUGCGGACGGGUGUUUUGUCUGUGAGAUCACUCGGCAAUAAUUAAAGGACGUAACCCCGAAUGCUUCCACGCGA